GGGACUGGACGGAUUGGCCACAUUCACUCACUCGCCGCGCCUCCGACAAGUCAGCCCGUUUCGCGAAGGUGCCGCACGCCAGUAUGACCGUCGGCCUCCGCUCCUGACUAGUGUGCCCCAGUCCGCCCCGCGCCCCGCGCCCCCCAGUGCACCUCCGCGUCGCGCCCCUGCGCGAGUUCCGUGCACCGUGCCGGCCACCAUGAAGGGCCUCAUCGUGGCUGUGACGUGCCUCGUCGCCCUGGCCGCGGCCGCGGGUGGCGACGACGCCGUGCUGACCGUCAGCUCGGCCGGGCCCGGCGUGCCGACGCCCACCCCGCUGCGGUCCAGCACCGCGGCCGACACCAUGUCCAGCGUGGACUGGACCAACGCGCCGCCACCCACGCCGACGCCCGCCACCAACAUGACCAGCCUGGACUUCCUGCUGGACGUGUUCAGCGUCGACCGCCUGGAGCACGUGUGGGACGCGCAGGCCAACCUGAUCACGGCGGAGUGCCACCGCGACAUGGCCGAGUUCUUCGCCGCCAGGAGGCGCGCGCACAUCUGGGCCCUCAAGAUGAGCGAUGCUUCGGGCAAGUACGGCGGCGGCUACUUCUUCGGCAACAGCUACUGGCUGGGGUCGCAGACCAUGUGCUCCAACCUGGCGCACAACACGUCGGCCCACCGGAAGGACAUGGGGCACCUGUCGCCGCCCUUCACCUCCGCGUUCUACGUGGUGCGCGCCGACCUGCAGCUGCCCGAGUCCGUGGCCGAAGUGCAACGCACGGUGAACCUGGGCCUGUGCCUGCCCGCUAGCUGCGGGGCCCGCGACGUCGGCCGCCUCGUGGACCUGUCCGUGGAGACCGCCAACGAGAUGGACCCGCGCGCCGCCGCCCUGCGCCAGUUCAAGGUCACCUCGGUCCGCAUGCCGGCCUCCGAGUACGUCUUCUGGGAGGACCCCACCUUCUGGGUGCUCAUCGGCGUGUCGUUCGUGGUGGCCGUCCUGCUGGCCGCCGGCACGGCCUACGACUUGGUGCUGGAGCACCGCAAGCGCACCAGCCUCAACGGCCUCAACCACUCCGGCUACGACAACUACUCCUUCGGGCUGGGCGCGCCCCGGCUCGUGGGCAUGCGCGACAAGGGCGACUUCGGCGUGCGCCUGGACGUCACCGUGCCCGCCGUCAGCACCGUGGGCACCGCGCCGGCCGCCGCCGCGCCCAGCCACGCCCCCGCCACCGAGUCGUCGCUCUACAGCAGCAGCAGCGAGCUGGCCACCAGCGUGUACACGGGCAGCGCGGCCUCCAGCGGCGACUCCUGCGCCUCGCGGGCGCCGUCCAGCGCCAGCUCCGACACGGACCCCACCAACGUGUGGGUGGAGCUGCUGCUGUCCUUCUCCCUGCGACGGAACAUCGCCACCAUCUUCGACAAGAGCGUGGGCGCCGACACCAUCCCCACCCUGCACGGCCUCAAGGCCAUCUCCAUGGCCUGGGUCGUCCUCGGACACACCUGCAUCGUCACCUUCAAGUACUCGGACAACAUGGAGCUGCGCGGGCUCGUGGAGAAAGAGCUGCUCUUCCAGACCAUCAGCAACGGCGCCUUCUCCGUCGACACUUUCUUCAUGGUCAGCGGCCUGCUCGUCUCCUUCCUGUACUUCCGGACGACGGCCAAGCUGGACGUGACCAAGAUCACCAAGACGACGGGCGUCCGCUCCAACGCGCUCGAGUUCGUCGGCCUGCUCAUCUACCGAUUCCUCAGGUUGACGUCGCCGUACCUCUUCUCCCUGGGGAUUGUGCAGGUCACCAUGAAGUGGUUCUACCACAACAGCGUCUUCGAGCCGCCCACCAUGGACCACAUCAACUGCCCCAACUACUGGUGGCGCAACGUCCUCUACAUCAACACCCUCUUCCCGGUUAAGGACAUGUGCAUGCUGUGGAGCUGGUACCUCGCGGACGACACGCAGUUCUACGUGCUGGGCAUCAUCCUGCUCAUCUUGGCCACCAGGUUAAACCACAUCCGCCUGUCCGCCGCCACGCUGUUCACGUUCAUGGUGAGCUCGUGGUGCACCACGGCCUACAUCGCCUACUCCAACCAGCACAUGCCGUCCGAGGACGACCCGCUGGCGCUGUUUGACAAGAUCUACGACAAGCCCUGGACGCGCCUCGGGCCCUACCUGGUGGGCAUGGCCGUGGGCUGGAUCCUCUUCAAGACGGACUGCAAGAUCCGCAUGAGCAAGGUGACGGUGGUGCUGGGGUGGUCGCUGUCGUUCGCGUGCCUGCUGUCCCUGCUGUACGGCCUGUACGGCGCGGUCCUGGACCCCAUCACGGCGGCCGCCUACUCCUCGCUGUCCCACUCGGCCUGGGCCAUGAGCUUGUCCUGGAUCGUCAUCGCCUGCUCGUGCGGCUACGGCGGCCCCGUCAACAGGAUCCUGUCGUGGACGUUGCUGUACCCCUUCAGCCGAGUCACGUACUGCGCCUACCUGGUGCACCCCGUCGUCAUCCGUCUGCUCAGCAUGAAGAUGGACGCGCCGCUGCACCUCGGCGCCUACACCAUCUUCAUCCUGUUCCUGGGCAUGCUGUCCGCGUCCUACCUCUUCGCCUUCGUGCUGUCGCUGGCCUUCGAGGCGCCCGUCGUCACCAUGCUGCGGCUCAUCUCGCCCAAGCGCAAGGGCAUGGGCAGGGAGGACUAGGACGCCCCGCCCAGCAGGCCACACCUCCGGGAGCAGCCCUCCCCAUGCCAAAGCCUUACCCAGCCCCCGGUCUGCACUGGCCUGCACCCGGUGGGCCAAACGCAGCCAAAAGCAGCCAAAAGCCCUAGCGGCCAGCCACCCGGCGGCCCAGGGCUCGGCCCAUUUGACCACCUCGCGGGCGGGUCCUAGCCCGCCUGGACGGACAGGCCAGGUGCCGCCGGUGGCAGUGUGCAGGCCUGCAGUCCCUGCAGUGCAGGCGCAUACCGAGCGGCGCACCGCCGUUCAAAGCAACCGCCGUCCAGUCCAAAACAGAGACUCUCAAAUCGGCAAUCGGCGCGCGAAGGCCCGAGCCGGCCGACAACAUUGUUGUUUUUUGUUGUUGUAGAUUGUUUGGUGGGUGACGUGUAUAGACACCUUUGCUUCUUUUGAGUCGCCAGUCUUACCACAGCCAAUGUCUCAAGAGUUCCUAGUUAGUAUGAUUUAUUGUAGAUUUUGUAAACUAAAUGUCCUGUGGCGCGCAAGGCGAGCUUUGCAUCAGCCCUGCGGCCGCGAAAGACACGUGUAAGUGUGUGUGUGUUUGUGUGUGUGUGACUGCUCAUUGUUUCUGUAUAUUUUUUGUGAUCGUUUUGUGUUUGUGUGUGAUCGUGCGUUAGUGUGUGAGUGAGUGUUGUGACCUCGUCAAAUUGGAGAAGUCACAGUUAAAGAGACAGUCAACUAAUUUUAUACGAUAUUUUCUACGUUGCGCAUGUGAAGUUUUGUUUUAUUACAACUCAGAUUGCGAGGUCGCUUCCGUUCCCGCUGUUUACAUAUGUAUGGAGCAAAGAAACAAGUUUCUUUUUAUGUCUUUGUCGUUUGGUGAUCCGCUCUGUCUGAACGGCUGGAGUCGGUUCGUGAAGGAAGACAAGUGCAUCCAAAUCCAGGAAAUAGCUCACGGAGCAAUGUGUGUAUGUAUACAACAGGGUCUCAGUCUCAGUCAUUUGUAUAUCUUGUAAAAUAAUAAAAUACCACAUCCCGAAAAAAGAA